GCUCUUCCCAAACAGCUCCCCACAACGCCCGCAACACUCCUUCAACCGCCAAAAUGGAGUCCAUGGAAACACAGCUCCUCAACAAAUACAACAUCCCCUCGCUCUUCCCCUCGCAAUGGCCCGAAGAAAAAGACCGCGGCUCCGACGACGAGGACGACGAUCCCGCGCCCGCACAACCAGCGUACACCCCACAGUCUCGCGGCUCCGUGUCGCGCCGCCCGAAGAGCAGAUACUCGGUGCUAGAGGGCGGCGGCGGGUUCCAGCGCCGCAGAACAGGCGUCGAGAAGACGAAGGACGGCGUGGAGAACCUGGUGCAGAAAGACGAGCAGGACCCGCUGGGCGCGUUCCCGAGCGUGGUGCAGGUGCUGCGCCAGCGCGGCCUGCCCGUCGAAGACGACGUCAAGCUCAGAAACAGGUUCCUCCUCUCCUCGACCACCUUCUCGCCCUCGCUCUUCCUGUCCCAGGUCCAUAGCGACGCGUCCACCGAUAGCCUCCUCGCCGGCCUCGACUUCCUCUCCCGCAGCAUUGAGAAGAAAUCGGCGAGUCUGAAGGUUCUGGUCGAGGCGAAUUUUGAGCGCUUUGUCGGCGCGAAGGCGACGAUUGAUCGCGUGUAUAGCGAGAUGCGCGAUGUGGGGAAGGAGCCGGACAGCCCGAAACGCCCGGCGCAUAGCAGGGGUGCGAGCCGCAGUAGCUUUUCCGCGCGCAAGGCGAGUGAGAGCCAGACUUUGAGUCCGGGGAUGGUGGGCCGCGUGCCCUCGGAGAAGAAGAAGAAUGCGCUGGUUAAGGAGAGCGAGUAUGGCGUGCACGGGAUUAAGGUGCCGCUUACCGAGGUGGCGGUUAAGGCCGAGGAGGUGUGGGGUCCCGCGCUGGGUGGCAGGGAGAAAGAAGAGACGUUGAAAGCUAUCUUGGCGUCGGUGGAGAAGAAUAGAGGACUGUUUGAGGUCGGGUCCGCGAUUCAGGAUGCGAUUAGGAGGAGGGACCAUGAGACGAUUGUGGAGGAGUAUGCGAGGGCGAGGAAGUUUGCCGAGGACGCGAGAUAUAUUGUGGAGCAGGCGAGCUUUUCUCAGACGCCGCUUACGGAUGCGCAGAUCCAUCAGAUUAUUGUUACUGCGAGGAUGUGGUCGGAUGUCGAGCAUCAGAUUGAGAGUUUCAAGAGGGAUGCGUGGAAGAGGUUGACCAGCACGCACUUUACGAAGCAGCAGUCGGGCAUCGAGGAAGCCAAAUCGGAGCAGUAUAUGGAGAUCAUUUCGAUCAUGCUGGAGCUGGGUGUGGAGGAUAAUCCGAUUUGGAUAUGGCUGCUUUCUCGGUACGAGUAUCUUAGGUCUCGACUUUCCGACACGAUCGAUCGAUCAACGGUUGAGAUUGAGGUUCUAAGGCGGUAUCUGGCGAAUGGGAAGAAGCCGAGCUUGAAGAUGUUCUGUCAGCACCUCCGAACUGUCCCGCUCAGCAACAGCAUCACCGCGGAGCCCGCGAAGCUGGAUUCGACGAAGGUGGUCGAGUUCUGGGAGCACGUGCAUACUUCUAUGACGAACCUGCUAUCUCUUAAUGGGGGCUUGCUCGGCGAGGUCAUUGAGUACUGGGAUAUUGCUCGGUCGUUCGUUGAGGGCAAGGCACAGAGGAGUCUGCCAAUGGGGUUCAACAACCAAUCCUCAGUGCAUCACAAACUCUCGUCGACCAAUAUCACCGAGCUGGAGAAGGGCACGACGGAACUCAUCAACAUCAUCCGGGAGCAUCUCUACUCGUUCUUUGCGGAUCCGCCGCCUGAGGAUAUCUCCAGUCUGUUCUCGCCGCUUCCGAUGACGCCUACCCCAACUACACCCAGGACGCCUCUCACUGCAUCGGCGCUGAGUCCGACCAUGGGGUCGAAGUUUCGAUUUGAUCCGAGUAAUGUACCGCCGCCUUCGCCUAGAAGGGGUGAGUCGUGGGAGAAGUACGCGUUCUGGCCGCCACAUUCGAACGCGCUUUCCGGAUGUCACUAUCUCGCUAGGACGCUCGUCUUGAUCGGCACUGCCGCGAAUGAGCUCGCGUCUUUGCGACUUCCGGAGAUUGGACCUACUGUUCGCAUUGAUGAAGCUCUCCGUGCGCUCGUUGGCGGCGUCCGCGAACGCUGCGUUCAAGCUGUUUGCGCUGCCUGGAAUGCCGACGCCAAUAAUCUCAGAGUGCUCGAAGAUUGGACGCGCGAUGCGGACCGGAAAGACAUCACUACUAUGCCCUCGCGCUUCCUCGCUAUUCACAGCUUCCUGCUCAACAACUUGCAGAAGAUUAUGUAUGUCGAGGCGGCGACUAAGACGUCGGUGGAUGUUGUGGUUCCCCCAAGCAACAAGCUGUUGCAGAUGGUUAGGAGCCAGUUUGUGAUGAGUCUGUACCGAACUCUAAGUGGGAUGGUGGAGUGUGCAGAGAAAGGGAGAGAGGCCCUGGGAAAAGAGUUCGAGAUCAAGGGUGAUGAUCUCACAGUUGACGAGGAGGAGGGAGGAGAUGGUGGGUGGGGUAAGGUGGAUGCAAGCAAACAGUCCAUCCGCCUCCUCCUCACUCUUAGCAACAUGACCUCCUUCCAAACCGAAAUCACGCCCCAACUCCUCACCCUCUUCGAAACCCUCUUCUCCGUCCAACUCACCGACGAAACAAACCACAUCCGGGACACCCUCUCGCAACUCGACGCUCAACUCUUCCGCUCCUAUACAAUACCGCACGCCGUGAAAAUCGCCUCCACCGUCGAAUCCGGCAUCUUCUCGCCCACCUGGGCGCCUGACCCCGCCCCCGGAAAAUCCGUCGCCGACCGCGAACCCAGCCCUUACGUCUUCACCAUCCUCCUCGACCUCGUCAUCGUCCACACAGAAGUAUCAACCACCUCUCCCCCGCUCACCCCGCGCAUCCUGCGCGCCCUCUUCGAAGCCACCACCCAGUCCCUCAUCGCCACCUUCUCCCAGCUGCCCGCCUGCAACCUCACUGGCCUCAUGCAGGCCACACUCGACGUCGAGUUCAUGGCCCAGACGCUCGCCAGCUACACCACCGAGAAGGCCAGCCAGGUCCAGACGGAUAUCUAUCAGGUCCUGGAUGGGAAGACGGAUAAUAGGGCGAGGGUGCGGCUGCAGGAGGAGCUGGGCAGCUUAAGGGGUACGCUGAAGAGGUUGAGGGAGGCGACGAAGGUGGAGUUUAGUUGCUUUAGAAGAGGGAGGAGUGCGAGGGGGACGACGGUGGGGGAGAGGGAGGGUGCGGGGCGGAGGGAGGGGUAG